AUGGGGCCACCACCCAAAGCCGCGGCGGCCCCGAGGGCACCCCCUGUCAAUAGCCCUGGCAAGGGGGCACACGUGGAGAAGAGGAAGCCGCAGCAGUGCCAGUGCUGACCAGCAGGCGGCCUACGGCAGAGAAGAGGAAGCCACAGCAGCCCCAGUGCUGACCAGCAGGGGGCACACGGUGGAGAUGUGGAAGCCACAGCAGCCCCAGUGCUGACCAGCAGGGGGCACACGGUGGAGACGUGGAAGCCACAGCAGCCCCAACCAGCAGGGGGCACACGGUGGAGACGUGGAAGCCACAGCAGCCCCAGUGCUGACCAGCAGGGGGCACACGGUGGAGACGUGGAAGCCACAGCAGCCCCAGUGCUGACCAGCAGGGGGCACACGUGGAGAAGAGGAAGCCGCAGCAGUGCCAGUGCUGACCAGCAGGCGGCCCACGGCAGAGAAGAGGAAAGGGCAGCACCCCAGUGCUGACCAGCAGGGGGCACAGGGCGGAGACGCGGAAGAUGCAGCAGCCCCAGCACUGACCAGCAGGGGGCCCACCGCGGAGGCGUGGAAGCCGCAGCAGCCCCAGUGCUGACCAGCAGGGGACACAGGGCGGAGAUAUGGAAGCCUCAGCAGCCCCAGUGCUGACCAGCAGGGGGCACAUGGCGGCGGCGUGGAAGCCUCAGCAGCCCCAGUGCUGACCAGCAGGGGGCACACGGCGGAGACGUGGAAGCCUCAGCAGCCCCAGUGCUGACCAGCAGGGGGCACACGGCAGAGAAGAGGAAGCCACAGCAGCCCCAGUGCUGACCAGCAGGGGAC